CAGUCCUAUGCAGCUCUAGAGACGCAGACGAAUGACACCGUGGAGGAGUUUCAAGCUAACGAGCAGGCGUUAAAAGAAAAGCUCGCUCAUGAAAAACAGCGUUGCCGUACCUAUAAAGAUCAGGUGACCUACUUGAACGAGGAGAUCCUCCUACUGAGGGAUCAAGAUAACUCGGACCUGCGCUGCCGGCUGGAUCAAUAUCAACAGCUCGUUGAAGAAGCGGACCGUAUACUGGUCCACCUCCGUGGCCUUGUGACUUCCCUUAGCCAAAAGCUGGAGAAGACAAAGACUAAGCAACGAGAGGAACGCGAGCAGAGGUUGAAUGAAAUAAAGGCACUGGAGGAACAGGUACCUAUUCGGGGGCAUUUUAUCUAUCGAUAA